CAAUACAUCAAUUCAAAACAGGGAGUGCUUUCUUUGCAGUGUUAAAUAUGUUUGAAUGUUCAGGCUUUUUCAAUUCUGUAGAAUCGCUUACCGAGAGGAAAUGGAGGCGAGGUUCUCCCCCAACUCGACUCCCAGUCAUAUGUACCCCACCCCACCCCCUCUCCAUCCCCUUUCUCCAUUCUCUUCACUAACCACUGCUGUACAUGUCGUUUCUCUGUCCAUUAGCUGGGGCGACGUGGAGAAACGCUUAAAGAAUUUAGUUUGAACACCAGUUCCCAUUGACCAUCAAUUGAAGAGGAUGGGUCUCGUUCGCUGCUGUUUUACCGAAUCGCUGAAGAUGGACCUCGCGCUGCUGGCCUGCUUGGUUACAGUUGUAGGCAUCUGCGCGGCACGAUCCGAUGCUCCACGAGGGGUGGCGGUGCCGUUUGUUUUUGACCCCACAGCGACGUGCAACCCUCCGUGCCAACAUGCUGGCAUCUGCAUUCGAAACAACACCUGCUUCUGCUAUCGAGGCUAUGAGGGAGAGACCUGCCAGUAUGCGAACUGCUAUCCCAAAUGUAAGAAUGGAGGAGAGUGCCUUCGCCCUGGAAAAUGCAGAUGUCCUUCUGGAUUUGGUGGAAAAUAUUGUCAUAAAGUGAACUGCGAUAGUGGAUGCUGGAACGGUGGGGAAUGCAUCGCUGUCAAUGGAGUGGCCAAGUGCAUCUGUCCUUCUAGCUGGACUGGCUCCAAAUGCCAAGAGGCGAUCUGUCCUCAGGGAUGCAGGAACGGGGGUAGUUGUGUGGCUCCUGGAAUCUGCAGCUGUUCAGAGGGCUGGCUGGGGGGAGCCUGCCACACUGCUGUGUGUCACCGGCCCUGUUUGAACGGAGGUAAAUGUGUGUCGCCUGAUGCGUGCCGCUGUCGGGCUCCUUACUUUGGACCACGCUGUGAGGAGAGGAAGAUGUUUUGACCCUGUAGGGGUUAGAGGUCAAAGAGGGCCAGUCAAAGGCCUUGUAACACCGUAUUCCAAACCUGGUGCUCUAGAUAUUAGCUCAUUGCUUUUUAAAUCAUUUUUGAAGGACCAUUGAACUGUGUUAACAUUAACCUUGAACUGUCCACUUCAUAUGUACUAUACACAUUUGUAUUUGUGCUAC